AUAUAUUAUUUGAUGAUUUGUGUUUUCAGAAAUUUAUUUUGCUUUCAUGAUGUGUGUAGUCUACUGCUCUGCUACACCGCCCAUGUCAUCCUUAGUUUCAAAUCUUGCUUGGGUUGUGGUUUUCUCCCAGUCGUAAUAUGUAUAUGUAUGUGUAUAGAUGGGGCAUGUAUUGGGUUGAGAUAAGGAAAAGUACAAACAGGAAACACAAAUAUCUUCUGCCAUUAGGUUAUGGUAUCGAAGAAAGUAAAUUAACUAAAGAAAAGUAGAAUUCUUUUGCUUCAAAGAAUGAGUAAAGAUAAAAAGGAAAAGACAGAAAACAGUUAAAAAGAAACAAGGCAUGUGAUGGCAGUGGGAUGGGCAUCAAAACCUUUACAACUCCCUAUAAAUUGUUUCCAUACUUUAUAUUUUUCACUAAUCCUAUCUCUAUCCUUUUCAAAGCAUGGCAAGACUUGACCUUCUCUUACUGCUUCUCUCCUUUGCCCUCACAUUGGCUGCAGGUGCAGCCCCACAUUCCACCUCUACAGACUUCAUCAAAGCCUCAUGCCAGGCAACUCGUUAUCCUGCCUUAUGCAUCCAUUGCCUCACAGGCUAUGCCAGCAGCAUUCAACAAAGCGAACAACACCUUGUUCAAACUUCUUUGACAGUGAGCCUGAGCAGAGCUCGAUCGGCUGCAGCAUUUGUGGCCAAGAUGGCAAAGAUCAAGGGGAUCAAGGCUCCUGACUAUGAAGCUGUUGAAGACUGCAUAGAGAACAUGGGUGAUACGGUGGAUCGGCUUAGCCAAUCGGUUAAGGAACUAGCCCACAUGGGUAGACGUGUUGGGCCAGACUUUCUAUGGCACAUUAGCAAUGUGCAGACCUGGGUUAGCGCUGCACUCACCGACGAGAACACUUGUGUUGAUGGCUUUCGAGGGCGUGGUAUGGACGGAAGUUUGAAGAGUCUAAUCAGGAGAAGGAUUGUUCGUGUGGCUCAAGUCACUAGUAAUGCGCUUGCUCUUGUCAACCGCUUUGCAUCUAGGCACAGAUCAGCUGCAGCAGCCACCAAGAAAGAUCCGUAGCUCAAAACCAGUAAUCUGGUUCAUGUAAAAACGAGAUAUAUCUGGAUUACAAGUUUAAUUGAGCUUGUUUGGCUAGUGUGAAAAUGCAUGUAAAACAUAUCAAACCAAGUUUGUCUCAUAUUAUGCUUUUUAAGUUUGCAAAAACCAUGCUUUUACAA